AUGGCCGAAACCAGACCAUUCACACAAUUCCGUAUCAUGGUUGGCUCGUACGAGCACAACCUUUUGUGUUUGUCGUUGGUUCUUGACGGCGACAAGGAGCCUGUUUUCACACCAGUUUUUCACUUCCAGGCACACGCUUUAUCGAUCAAAUCCAUAGACAUAGCCAAAAGAUACUUGGUUACCGGAUCUAAUGACGAACAUAUAAGAAUUUAUGAUCUACAAAAGAGAAAAGAGCUUGGUACCCUUUUGAGCCAUCAGGGUACUGUUACAACCUUAAGAUUCUCCAAAGAAGGCGAAGACGAUAGUUCGGACAGCGGUAAGUCAGGUAAGUGGCUUUUAUCAGGUUCUGAAGAUGGAAAAAUCAUCAUUUGGAGAGCCAAGGAUUGGGAAAUGUUGGGAACUUUGAAGGGCCAUCAGGGACGAAUCAAUGAUCUCGACAUCCAUCCCUCAGGAAGGGUAGCCAUCUCGGUCUCCACAGACAAGACAAUCAGAUUAUGGAACUUGAUGACAGCCAAGAAGGCUGGUGUUCUCAAGAUCAAGGGUAGAGAUCAUUUGGGACAGUCGGGUGAGAUCGUCAGAUGGUCGAGCUCGGGUAAGCAUUUCAUUGUUGGUUUGUUGAACCAACUUUUCAUCUACGAGCUAGGUCAGGAAGCCCAGCUUGCGCAUAAGCUUAAGUUCAAAACGACAUUGAUGUGUCUCGAGGUCAUCGACAUUGAAGGUAAGGAGUUUCUCGCCACUGGUCACAGCAAUGGCGCCAUUGAGUUUGUCGAACUACAAAAGAUCUUGUCUUCUGAGGAAGAGUCCCCUUCUGUGGAACCCGACUUUGUGUUCCGUGGUCACCUGAACCGUGUGAAGGGAUUGGCGUAUUACUGUGACGAGAUCGAGACGAAAGGCAUUCCCUACCUUGUAUCUGUCUCCUCAGAUGGCAGAAUCGUCGUUUGGGAUGUCCGUUCAGAGGUAAGAGACCAGGUUGCCGUUUACGAUAGUGGAGAGAGACUCAAUUGCGUUGCUGCUUGUGGAGAGGCGGUGGAGAAGGCUGCAACAAUGAAGAGAACGCAUGAGGAGACAAAGACGGCUCCAAGUGACUCCGAAUACGAGACGGAUGCCGAGGAGGCUAAAAGAGUGCUCCUUAGUGAGAAGAAAAAGAAGAAGGGCAAGAAGAAUAAGAAAACAAAGGUGAGCGUGACGUUAGGUUAG